CUCAAAUCAAAUCAAUUGAUGAUCGAUCUGCAAAUCUCUGUCUCUCUCUCUCUCAUCCGCGAUCGAUCCCUCAUCUCUGUUCACUCAAGUCCAGGUGCGACAUCUUGUUCUCCGGCGACGGCAGCGUAAGUUCAGGUUUCCUUAACAAUCAAGGUUUUAGAACAUUGGUAAGAAGGCCUACCUCGCAGUUCAAAGGGGGAGAGAGAGUUAAGACAAGCAAAGAUGAACCACAAUCACAGUCAGCAAUCGAGUGAUGGUAGGCACGAUGAUGAUACUGUGCUCUCUGAUUUCCUUGCGUCCUUGAUGGACUACACCCCCACUAUUCCAGACCAAUUGGUGGAGUAUUACUUGGCGAAAAGCGGGUUCCAAUGUCCCGAUGUUCGAUUAAUCAGGCUGGUGGCUGUUGCUACGCAGAAGUUUAUUGCAGAGGUUGCAACUGAUGCUCUUCAGCAAUGCAAGGCAAGGCAGGCAGCUGUAGUCAAGGACAAGAGGGAUAAGCAGCAAAGGUGCUCUCAUUUUACUUAUGAUAAGGGUUUAAUCUUGACAAUGGAGGACCUCUCCAAGGCUCUGCGUGAGUAUGGCGUGAAUGUGAAGCAUCAAGAGUAUUUUUCUGAUAGCCCCACAGCUGGGUUCGAUCCUGCUUCAAGAGAUGAAUGAGCUCAGCGCCUUGUAUCUGUAAAAACAAAUUCUUCAUGGUGGCUUGCAUUUUGAUUUCAACUUUUAACUAAUUUGCAGGGCUACGAAAAUACUCCAUUAUUUUUACAUAUUACGUCAUCAAUCUAUAGAUGAUUUCAUCUCAUGGUCUUGUUGCUACACAAUUAGGUAGAUGCAGUUAUCCUGUAUUCUUCCUAUCUCUCUUCCCUCCACAAAAGGGAAAAAAAAAAUGGAAAAAGAAAGAAAGAAAGAAAUGGAAACAAAUACUUUAUUUGUAUUUGUAUUUUAUUUUUUAUUAAUGAGAGGAUAUUAUGCUGGAUUUUGAAAGCAUUUGAAACUGGCAAGGUCUAUUUCUUAAAUAAAUGUAGGAAUUUGUUGAACAA